GGCAGAUGAGAGCCUCGCCCCGCGGUUCGAGGUCUCGGUGGAGGCCGUCGCGGUGAGGAGGAGGAGGAGGAGGACGAUGAUGGGGUGUCUGUUCGGCUGCUUCCGUGUGGCCGGCGACGGCGGCGGCGAGGGGCGACGCGGCCGCGGCGACCAGCUGGUUCCUUCCUCUUCUUCUUACUCCGUCUCGCCUCCGGUGGCCGAUUCCAAGGUUGGCGAGAUGAAGAGGCCGCCAUCCAAGAACGCGCUAUCCGCUGUAUUCUUGCGAGAAGAUGAGGGAUCGAAGGUUGAGCAGGCUACGAGUUCGGGGACGAACGAGAUCGCCGAGUGGAACAGGAUAGGCCAGGAGCUCAAGAACGAGGCCUGUUCACUCAAAAGCAGUGAUGUAUUUUUGGAAGCUCCAAAUGAAAUUAUAAAGGGGCCAGAAAAUGCUUACAAGAGUCAACCACAUUUGGCAUGCCUUCCUACCAUGUCUGAUGAACUACAAUUUUUGGAAGAGCUGAAGGUUGAGGAUUGCCGAACUCCUUCAGGUUCUCAUCAGAGCUCCACUUUACCUGACGCUAUGAGUUUUUCUUGGAAAGGGUGUGAUGCAUCAAGCCGGAAUGAUUCAGAUGCUGUGAGCAAGAGCAUAGAGGUUGAGGGUGUGGGCAAGGGUGACAGUGCGAUCAACUGUGGGAACAACUUGACCACCUUAGAUUCAUUGUCUUUCACAUGGAAGGAUGAUAUCAAUCUGGUUGGAACCAAAUCUUCACCCAUUUCAACUCCUUCAGAAGCCACUACCGAGAUACAGACACCAGCUACUAAUGCACCUGACCUCGAAGAGCUGAGAAAUGAGAGCAAUACUAGGACUUGCUCAGAACAUACAUACGAAGCUCUGAAUUCCGAUGAUGCUUUUCAAAGCUGUGAAAAUUCAAGAAAAGAGUCCUGUCAGCCCAAUAUAUCCGAUGAGGAUUUCAAGUGUGCAAAGAAUUGCAGUUUGGUUCCCGUCGAACUUUCAAUAUCAAAUGAAUGUUCCCUAUUCCAGAGUUCUGAGGGUUCAGUAUCGUCCUGUAACAAGAGAAGAGACAACUCAAGCACAGAUUCUACGGAGAAAUGUCUCAAAGAUGAACCAACAGUUCAUUCCAGCAGAAAGAAGAUACUCAAAGACAACGAUUCAGAGGUUGAAUUUCCAAGCUUGUCACAGUGGUUGAAGCCUCCAAAUCCUAAGAAAGUGUUGAGGGAUGAACCCCUUACAAGCGACAGAUCUCAUUCCGCUAAGAGUUCGGAAGAAGAUAGACCCAUCAUUGGAUCGGUCGCUGCUCACUGGAGAGACAAAGAACCAGAUACUUUCACUCCUAAAUGGUGGGAUGGAAAUGGCAUUCCCAAUUCAACAAAUAAAUACAAAGAAGAUCAAAAGGUGAGUUGGCACGCAACGUCAUUUGAAGAGAGGCUUGAGAAGGCUUUAUCUGACGAGAAAUUGCUUUCGCAAAGGAAAUGCUCCACCGGAAACACGUCUCAGCUUUCUGGGCUGGAAGGCGAAGAAAAUGAUACUGCUGCAUCUAAUUCUAAUUACCUAUAUGUUGCUGCUUUUACAUGAUAUUCUCAUCCUCUAACAAUUAUUGAAGCUUCUGGUAUAGCUUGGUUUUCUGCUGCCAUCUCCUAGUUGAUGUGUUUUGCACAGGCCAGUUUCCCUCUGCUGUCCUAAAGUAGGUAUUAUGUAGACCCUAGAAAUGAUCUGCCAACUUCUCUGUACUAAAGACCGUUCCGUUCUAAGAUAAAUCAGCAUUGCUGAUUUCAAAUAUAGGUGAGGUGUGAUGUUCUGAACUUUUCCUGUUACGGCUAAUUUAUAUUUCUCCACCUUUU